AUGUCACGGCAUAGCGAUUAUGAUGAUCAAGCCGAAACCAACACCAUUGUUGAUGAGGUGCAAACGAUUCACGAAGAACAAGGCGUGAGCAAAUUCGAAAAAGAAAAAGAAUUUGAUCCAAAAUCAUUCGAAGAGGAACAACCAAGCAGCCGAUGGGAUAACGUUAAACGUGUCGUCGUCAUGUUUGGCAUCAUUUUGGCCUUGUUCAUGGUUUCUCUUAACACUACCGUUAUCGCACCAGCCAUGUCAAUCAUUGCUACUGACAUGAAUGCCCCCGAUGAGCAAACAUGGAUUGCCACUGCAUAUCUCUUAGCAUUCAACUCAUCUCAGCCACUUUCCGGAAAGUUUUCCGAUAUUUUUGGCAGAAAGCCCGUCCUUAUGUUUGGUAUCCUCGUAUUCUUCGUUGGCUGUCUUGUGAAUGCCACCACUCCUCAAAUGAUGGGUCUCAUUGCUGGUCGUACCGUUCAAGGUCUUGGUGGUGGUUGUGUGAUGACAAUGUCCUAUGUCAUUGUUGCUGAUCUUGCUCCGCUCAAAUGGCGUCCCCGGUUUCAGUCUGGUUUGACCGUGGUUUAUGGCCUUGCCAGCGUUGUCGGCACCUUGAUCGGUGGCGUCUUUGUAGAUCAGCUCACGUGGCGAUGGGAUUUCUGGUUAAACGUCAUUCUCGCCGGUACUUCUUUUAUUAUCGUCGUCCUUCUUCUCAAAGAACCUACCAAAGUUGCCGAAUCCUCCCUUCUCACCAAACUUCGUCGCAUCGAUUGGCUCGGUACCGUCUUCGUCAUUGGCUUUGUCUGCUGCAUCUUGCUUGCCCUUAGCUGGGGUCAAUCUUACGGCUGGGGAAGUGGUCAUGCCAUUGGUUCCUUUGUUGCUGCUGGUGUGUCGCUCGUGCUUUUGAUCAUCGUUGAAGGAUGGGUUGCCAAGGAGCCUUUGUUCCCUCGUGGUGUCAUCCUCAAUCCUGCUGUCGUGCUCUUUUAUCUCUACAUCAUUUGCCUUGGCUUCUGUUUCAUUGGUACUUUGUAUUAUGGCCCUAUUCUCUACCAGUCCGUGUUUGGUGCUGAUUCAAUGGGAUCCGGUGUACGACUUGUCCCUUACAUGGCCAUGUUGAUUGUCGCCUCUUUGAGCAGUGGAUACCUUUUACCCAUCUUCCCUUACAUCAAAGCCUUCAUUGGUCUCGGUGCUAUCACCAACAUCAUUGGCUAUGGUCUCUUUUACACUGUCGGUCUCAAUAGCAGCUGGGCUCAACAAUCAUGCUACCUUAUGCUUUGUGGCUUUGCAUUCGGUCUAUCUCAACAAAACACUAUUAUGGGUGCCCAAAGUGCUGCAGAUAAAAAGUACAUUGCCAUUGCUACUGGAUUGACAAACUUCUUUAUGAUCUUUGCAUGCUCAAUUGGUGUCGCCAUUUAUCAGACCUUGUUUGUUCAAUUCCUUCGUUACCAGCUCACCAAGGUCGAUACAAACAUCUUGGCCAUUGCUGCUAAAUACGGUGCUACAUCCAACUACUUGUAUAUCCGCAAUAUGCCUGAUGAUGCCCAACCUGAGAUCAUUUCAGCCUACAUGCGCGCCAUGCACUCGCUUUUCAUUUUCCCACUUGUAGCCGCCGGUGUUGCUGUCAUUUGUGCUGCCAUUUGUAAGAACACUCGUUAUGGUGCAAGUGAUGCCAAGGCUGCCAAGGAAGAGAACCAUAUCGUUGUGCCUCGUGAGAAAGAAGAGGUCUAA